UACAAAUAUGGCGUCCGAGUUGGCCUGUCCGUACGCUGUUGUGUUCACACCAGGAUCCCGGCAUUAUCCCUGAUAAAAAUUAUCAAAACACGCGUUUAGCAAACGCUCUAUCUCCAGAACUUCCAAUUCCCCACGAAAAUGUCGUACAAGGGGCCUCAGAAAGUGCAGAAGGUGAUGGUACAGCCCAUCAACCUCAUCUUCAGGUACCUCCAAAAUCGUUCGAGGGUGCAAGUGUGGUUAUUCGAGAACAUUAACCUCAGAAUCGAGGGACACAUCGUCGGCUUCGACGAGUACAUGAACCUGGUGUUGGACGACGCCGAGGAGUAUCACGUGAAGACGAAGGCCAGGAAACAGUUGGGACGGAUCAUGCUGAAGGGCGACAACAUUACUCUCAUACAAAAUACGAAUCCUGGGGCAAACUAGCCAACAUAACCUCUGUGGACGCUCCCAGUCGACUCUUGGGACUUCAAAAGGAACUUCCUGGGGAGAACUGGUGUUCCAGGAUCUCCAGGACACUCUCUUCUGUGUAGUGAUGCAUUCACGAACAAUGGGACAGACUUUCUGAUAGAUUUAAUUGUUCAUUCCUUUGGGAUCAAUGAGGCAUCGAAAUGUAAUAUUUUGUAAACGAAGGGAUGAGUAAAGUAAGAUUUGGAUAUAUCUGGUGUGUUCAGUGUUUUUAUUUGAUUUUACCUGCAAGGUUCAACGAAUCGUUUCUGAUGAUGUGUGGAAGGUAUUUUUCGGAGUGAAUUCGUUUGUUUAAGGAUUAAUUGAAUGUUUCCUGAGAGUUCAGUAUUACCAGGUGUAUUUUAUCUUGAAAAAUAUUAAUAAAGAAUUUUGAUGGAA